UGAUCCACCUGCCUCAGCCUCCCAAAGUGCUGGGAUUACAGGCGUGAGCCACCACACCCAGCCUCCGGGCCACACUUUUGAGAACACUGAUCUAAUACAUGCUUACAGCACUGAGAAACUUUUCCUCCUGUAUUGCUAUUCUGGGAGCAUCCCUUCCAUUAGAAGUUUUAAGUGGCUCCCAAAUUCUUCACUCAGCAAAAGCACCUUGUUAUGGAACUAACAUUGAAUAAGUAACAAUCUUUCUUCUCCAAGAUUUUUCUUGGGGAUUGCUGAGUAAGGGAAUAAGAUAAUUAGAGUUAUAAUGUAAGAAUUCCUUAAAAAGAAUUGUGUUAACUGAUGGACGAGAGAGAGCUAAAUUCUGAAGCUAACUCUGAGGUCUUGAACCUCAGGAAACACUCCACUUCCUCUCCUUCUAUCAAACCUCUUUUAAAAGUGCAAGUUAUUAAUAAAUUGCCUUUACAGCGCCUGGUCCAGGCAUUGUAGUUUCCCCCUUCCUAUUGUGUGUGGGUUUUGUGCUUACCUAGUUCUCCUAUUUACAGGUGUGUAACUUGAGCCACCACUGUAGCUAAUGUGUGUUUAUUUUACUUGUCCUUAUAUUUAAAUGUAAGCUUUUAUCUGCCUUAGCUAUGUGUUGGAUGUUGAAAUUGUUGAUCUUAUUUUGGGAGACUCCCAUCCUCCCCCACAACCCCGCAAGUAGUUUCAAGACAGCGCACCUAGGAGACUGCUUAGGAACCAAGCCUUUUGUAGCUUAGGUGCUGUUCUGUUUCCCAACGGUGUCCAUCCCCAUCCCUCCAGAAAGAAGUCAUUAGGACCAGUACCAACUCAGUCUGGUUUACUUCCCAAGCUCUGUAAUCUGCUGAACUUCAUCAGUUCCGGCAGCGAUCCUCUAACUUGGGAAUUUCCAUAAAACAGCUGAAUCUCUCUUGGGUCAUCAGUGGCAAAAGCCAGACACGUGCUCGCCCGCCUGGGAGCCAAUAGUAACUUUUGCUGCUGCCUCCGGAAACCCCACGGUUUGCGGGCUGCUGCUUUAGGAACAACACAGAAAUAACGUCUUUUAACAGAACAAAACAAAACAUAUGGACGGAAUAGUGAGAAAGCCUUUGUCCUUCGCAGUGGGGAGAGGUGUUAAAGGUGAACCCAAAAAAGUAUGGGAAACUCAUGUAAAAUACAUUUACAGUUCCCCGGGAAGAAGGGGGCGGAGAUGGGCUCGGGAGCGUCUCUGGCCCUUUAAGUAGGAGGGACAGACAUAACAGUCUGUACCUUUAAGAGUCUCUUUGUCUGGAAACCUUCUUAUUUACCCUCCUGUGCUUCAACCAAACUUCGACCAGCCAUUCACAACGCCCCCCUACGCCGCCGCCCCUUACGCCAAGCUCAAAGCGGCCGCGCGUUUGUGGCUGACCCUAAACUUUGCGCCUGCGGCGCGAACCCUCGGAAAGGGUGCCGGUGCCGGGGUCGCGGCCCAGCGCUGCGCCGUUGGCGCAAUGCAGGGCCCCAGGGGCGGGGCUCCAGCGGGCGGGCCAAUAGGCGGGCAGGGGGCGGGGCCGCGUUCGGUUGUCUCGCGCCCUGGUGACAGCUCGCGCGUGCUGAUGAUGGCGAUUCUUUGGAUGGGAAGAGACCUUGAAAGGACCUCUAGUUUAUCCAGCAACUCCAGUCAAUAUCCCACUUAAAUAAUUUCAGACAGCCCCUGAGAAUUCAGCAUGUUUCAGUAACAGGUAAUAGAGAAGAGGAAACCUAACCAAUGACUGUGGAAUAAUAUGGAAGAAGAUGGAAAAAACUUGUUUAAUGGGCUGAGAGACUGGCGACUUCUAUAAGACAUGGAUAGAUGCAAACAUGUAGGGCGGUUACGGCUCGCCCAGGACCACUCCAUCCUGAACCCUCAGAAGUGGUGCUGCUUAGAGUGCGCCACCACCGAGUCGGUGUGGGCCUGCCUUAAGUGCUCCCACGUGGCCUGCGGCCGCUACAUUGAGGACCACGCCCUGAAACACUUUGAAGAGACUGGACACCCGCUAGCCAUGGAAGUCCGGGAUCUGUACGUGUUCUGUUACCUGUGCAAGGACUACGUGCUCAAUGAUAACCCAGAGGGCGACCUGAAGCUGCUAAGAAGCUCCCUCCUGGCGGUCCGGGGCCAGAAGCAGGACACGCUGGUGAGACGCGGGCGGACGCUGCGGUCCACGGCUUCGGGUGAGGACGUGGUCCCGCCGCAGCGCGCUCCUCAGGGACAGCCGCAGAUGCUCACCGCUCUGUGGUACCGGCGCCAGCGCCUGCUGGCCAGGACGCUGCGGCUGUGGUUCGAGAAGAGCUCCCGGGGCCAGGCGAAGCUGGAGCAGCGGCGGCAGGAGGAGGCGCUGGAGCGCAAGAAGGAGGAAGCGCGGAGGCGGCGGCGCGAGGUGAAACGGCGGCUGCUGGAGGAGCUGGCCAGCGCCCCUCCACGUAAGAGUGCACGGCUGCUCCUGCACACGCCUAGCGACGCGGGCCCGGCCGCCUCGCGCCCCACCACCCUCCCUACCUCACGCAGAGCACCCGCCGCCACGCUCAAGCUGCGUCGCCAGCCUGCCGUGGCCCCGGGCGUCACGGGCCUGCGCAACCUGGGCAACACCUGCUACAUGAACUCCAUCCUCCAGGUGCUUAGCCACCUCCAGAAGUUCCGAGAAUGUUUCCUCAACCUUGACCCUUCCAAAACGGAACAUCUGUUUCCCAAAGCCACCAACGGGAAGACUCAGCUUUCUGGCAAGCCAACCAACAGCUCAGCCACAGAGCUGUCCUUGAGGAGUGACAGGGCCGAGGCAUGCGAGCGGGAGGGCUUCUGCUGGAACGGCGGGGCCUCCAUUAGUCGGAGCCUGGAGCUCAUCCAGAACAAGGAGCCAAGCUCGAAGCACAUUUCCCUCUGCCGUGAACUGCACACCCUCUUCCGAGUCAUGUGGUCCGGGAAGUGGGCCCUAGUGUCGCCCUUCGCCAUGCUCCACUCAGUGUGGAGCCUAAUCCCUGCCUUCCGCGGCUACGACCAACAGGACGCGCAGGAAUUUCUCUGUGAGCUGCUGCACAAGGUGCAGCAGGAACUCGAGUCUGAGGGCACCACACGCCGGAUCCUCAUCCCCUUCUCCCAGAGGAAGCUCACCAAACAGGUCUUAAAGGUGGUGAAUACCAUAUUUCAUGGGCAGCUGCUCAGUCAGGUCACAUGUAUAUCAUGCAAUUACAAAUCUAAUACCAUUGAGCCCUUUUGGGACCUAUCCCUGGAAUUCCCUGAACGCUAUCACUGCAUAGAAAAGGGGUUUGUCCCUUUGAAUCAGACAGAGUGCUUGCUCACUGAGAUGCUGGCCAAGUUCACAGAGACAGAGGCCCUGGAAGGGAGAAUCUACGCUUGUGACCAGUGUAACAGCAAACGACGAAAAUCCAAUCCCAAACCCCUUGUUCUGAGUGAAGCUAGAAAGCAGUUAAUGAUCUACAGACUACCUCAGGUUCUCCGGCUGCACCUUAAAAGAUUCAGGUGGUCUGGCCGUAACCAUCGAGAGAAGAUUGGGGUCCAUGUCGUCUUUGACCAGGUAUUAACCAUGGAACCUUACUGCUGCAGGGACAUGCUCUCCUCUCUUGACAAAGAGACCUUUGCCUAUGAUCUCUCCGCAGUGGUCAUGCAUCACGGGAAAGGGUUUGGCUCAGGACACUACACAGCCUAUUGCUACAACACAGAGGGAGGUUUUUGGGUCCACUGCAAUGACUCAAAGCUGAAUGUAUGCAGUGUCGAGGAAGUGUGCAAAACCCAGGCCUACAUCCUUUUUUACACUCAAAGAACAGUGCAGGGCAAUGCAAGAAUCUCAGAAACCCAUCUCCAAGCUCAGGUGCAGUCCAGCAACAAUGAAGGCAGACCACAGACAUUUUCCUGAAUGGGAGGCAUGUAUCAAAGACUGGCUUUUGUGUACUGGUGUCCAUACAUCUUUCCUCUUAUAGGAAAUAAGGCUACUGCAGGAACAGAUUACUAGGUUUGCCUCACUGGGUCUAGAGUAGAAGGUGCCAGGUGAUUCAUGUCCUGUCAUAAAUUUUGUAGUCUUUCUUUUGAAUGAGUUUGGGAGUUCCCUCCUUUCCUAAAAACAAAAGAAGUAACUUCUAUGAAGAUCCUUUCAUCAGUUGCUUCUGAAUAUAGAGGGAUCUAGGUGGAAGAAAGCGGGAGUAAAUUAAUCAUAUCCACACAGGAGAGCAGCCAUGUUUUCUCUCCAUUAUGUGAUUCCCCUGCUAAGCAGGACCUCCUUGCAGCACCAGAAGAACCCUCCAGAUGUGAGCAGCCCUGGACAGAGCAUGUGAGGAGGGGCCCUGGGCUAGCAGUUUGCUGGAUGGGAUUGGCUUCAAGAUGGGAGAUGAAGUCUAAAGGGUUUAUUCCCACAAAGGAAGUAACCUUCAAGGGUUCAAAACAAACUUCCUUUUUUGGGGAUAGCUGCUAAAGAGUGGAGUGAGAUGCAUGGAACAAAUUUCCCCAUGCAAAAUGGGAUGGUUUUCGUAUGUCAUACCCUCCCUACCUGCUGCUGUCAUUUAAUCAUUCCAUACUUCUGAGACUGGCAUGAAUACCCCUUCAUUUUAAAGAAGGAGCAGGUCAUAUAAAGAAGCAAUAGACCAGCACAUGUUGCAUGCUGAGCCAAAUGACACUCCUGGCUAUCCCAGUUCUGUAGCAGAUCCCUGGUUCAGGUCUAGGGCAAGCACAUGGUUUGGUUUAAAUUGAUUCUUAGGUUUUCUCAGAACUCAAUUGAGGGUGGGCAGAGAUAGCUGGUGCUGCAGGGCUUAUUGAAUGCCUAUCACCCGUUCUCACUUCAGUGCAGCAUGCAGCUUCUUAGCCUGCAGCUUCUUUCUUGCUUCUGGAGAGGUAGAACAUUCAUGGUCACAGGGUUUGGGAGCUUUUGGUUUUCUAGGGUAUGUUAACUGCUUAGGAAUCCACCUCGUACAUAUCUGAAGAGUUGAUUACCGAUGGCCUUGACCUGUUUCCUCCCAAAUCUGAUAAUCCCUACUGUUGCUUUACCCCCCAUACUCAGUCCAUUAGAGAAAAAAACAAGAGUGCCCCGUCCUUUCCCCCAGUGCUAGUAAAAUACAUCGUCCUUUUUAAAUUGGGUCAGUUUCUAAACAGAAUGAAAUUGCCCAGAUAAAAACCCUUGUCCCCAUCAGGUGCCACUUCAUUCUUAGUUCUUCACUUAGAUUUGCUGGUGAAAGUGAAUGCAAACCCUAACUUUUGUUGCUGUGGUUGCUGCAGUGAGCCUCACUCAGCCUGUCACUAUAAAUGCUCAUCUUUUGACUGAGUAUAUCGUAUUAAUGUUUGAAUUCAGGUAGAAGUACAGUUGUCACUUGAAGGGAGUAGAUGUGGAAGGGAGUUCGGGGAGGGGUGGGAAGUGGGGAAAGCGAGGCUAAAGAAUGAGGAUUAUAGCUUUAGCAAUGUUGAUGAGCCACAUUUCCCGCACAGAUCUGUAGCAUUUGCUGUUGACUUUUUGAAAUGAACUCUCCCAUAGGCCCUGCCAGGCAGCACUGAGACAUGGAGGAAAUUCAGACAAAAAAUGGCUCACCCUGAUAGGGAAGGAAUGACUAUAUUUUAAAUUAAACUUGCUUUUUCCAACACUGUGAGAUUUCUGUAAUAUUUAGCUUUUAUUUGGAAGCGAUAGCGUAUGGCAUUUUUUAUGCUGUUUGGUUUAUACUGUCUACUGCAGGCUUCUUUGUAUAAGCUUUGCCUGGGCUCACCCUCUCCUGGACACUGUUUUAAAGUGUCACCGCUGUCCAUGCUGCCAGAGGCUCUGAUGUGAAGCUGUACUCUCAAGAUCCAAGUUUUUAAGUCGGCAUGAUUAGUAAUGACUUUUUGUGGCAAUAGAAAAGCCCAUUAACUCAAAAAAACCAAGGAGAGUAAAAAGGAAAGGAAACUAUGAAUCGUGCCUCAUCUUUCAUUGAAUCCUAUAUUUAUUAUUCUAGAAAAAGAACUUACAAGAUAGAGAAGAAAUAAUAGAGCAUCUACUUUACCCCUCAGGCUGUCCAGUGGGGAUAAUUACUAAUAAACAUUUAAUGGAAAAUUCAAAGAUCUUCCAAUUUAAUUUUAAAAAAUAGUUUUAUACCAAAUAUUAUAAGGAUUUAUUAAGCAGAUUAAGGACUUCAUGAAAUAAGUGCUUAGCUGAGCACGCAUAUAUCAAAGUAAUAAAAGAAACUAACAUCAGAGUCUCCACUGAGCUACACAUUUGUGAAAGGUGCCCACUGCAGUUACAGACACCUCAGGUACCCAGAGGCAGCAGCACUAGACACUUAAGAAGUUGUUAUUUAAGGAGAUUUUUUAUUAAAGAGUUCCCUGCUGCAUAAGCCAAUGGCUAUUGUGAGGGAAUUGUCCCUUUGCCUUUAAUUUAUUUACAUAUUGGGUAUAGAUAAAUGUCUCAGUUGCAUCUUAAAUUGAAAUCAUUCUAAAGAGAGGAAAAUAAGAACCAGGUAAAAGCUGACUAGAUGCUGCCAAAUCAAACCCAAGGUCUCCUAACUGAACCUUAAUGGGCCUGCUUCUCUCCCAGGGCAAGUAGUUAAGAGUCUCGUUCCAGGAACCCUUUGUAGUUAGUUGGCUGGCAUGUUUACUUGCUGCUGUAGCCAGCCAAGAUGAGUGCACCUAGGCCCUCAAAAAGGAUUUUUUUUUUUACCUCAAUCUAGCCUGACCCUCAUAUCUGUGGUUGCCUCUGAGAUGAACAUCCAUGCUAGUAUAAAAAUCGUUAGGAAUGCCCUUGGCAGCCAGGAACUGAAGCUGUUAUUAAAUGGUAGUCAGAGCUCUUGCCAGCUUUGAUCCAGCCCCUCAGUCUUGGAGUUAUGGGGCAGGGUUGGGGGGCAGUGCUACACUGUAAAGAAUUUCCAGGCUGGGCGUGGUGGCUCACGCCUGUAAUCCCAGCACUUUGGGAGGCCGAGGUGGGCGGAUCACAAGGUCAGGAGAUUGAGAUUGAGAUCAUCCUGGCCAACAUGGUGAAACUCCAUCUCUACUAAAAAUACAAAAAUUAGCUGGGCGUGGUGGCACGUGCCUGUAGUCCCAGCUACUUGGGAGGCUGAGGCAGGAGAAUCGCUUGAACCCAGGAGGCAGAGGUUGCAGUGAGCCGAGAUCGCGCCACUGCUCUCCAGCCUGGUGACAGAGCAAGACUCUGUCUCAAAAAAUAAAAAUAAAAAAAAAUUUCAGACGUCUCUUAAAAUGUCAUGAAUAAAAUUGGAAACUGUAGAAGUGUUAUGUGUCCUAUGGACUCAAUAGCAGAGUUUAUUUUUGUCUUUAAUGGCAAGGCUUCUAGAGUCAAUGAUUGUAUGAGUUUGCUACUCUGGCUGUGCUUACAGCUCCAUCCAAGUACAAGGGAAGAACCAAUGAGGUGGAUUGGCUGGCAGUGGGGCAUGCCCCAGCAUAAGCCCUAGAGAGGUUGACAGUAGUGCAGAAUGAAAACUUGGUUGGGGAUGGCGGGUGGUGGGAGGAGGGUGGGCAGGCCGGGAGGGAGAAAUGGAGUUUGUUUUACUUACUGACAAAGCUUUGUGAACUAAUUUUAUACAAUUCAUAAAAUUUGGUGCCUUGUACUCCAUUAUGGUUUGCAUGGAAUUGAAAAGAUUAAGGGAAAGGAUUUCUUGUCAUUUCAAGUGGCAAAUGGGUCUGUGUAGUGUUUAAAGGACAUCUGGUAUCAGAGACUUCUAAAAAGCAUUUCAUGUCUCUUGUGUGUGAAUGCAAAUUAUUCUUACCAGCAAGUUCUAAAAUUAUAUUACAAUGUCCAAAUUCUUUGUAUUUGUGACUGUUCAUCAAACGGCUGUUUUUCAAGCAGACUAUGUACUCCAUUUGUUUUUCACUUCCCUUGUCACGUUCCAUACAUUAACUUGGGCCUUUUAAAAUCAGGCUGGGGGGCUACCCCUUCUUAAAUGUAUACUAUAUCCCUAUCUGAGGUUACAUCUUGUGAGUGGAAGGGAUGCUUUCCCAGGUGGUUGGGAGAGCACAAAUGUUCAGAAAAGGCCUUUUAGUCUUUAUCAAAACAAUGACUAAUGCUGGGCAACAUAUAGCAGAAGUCAAACAAAAAUGAUUCCUCCUGAAGUGGUACCUUCAUUGGUUCUGAUGUUCUUUUGCAAAAAAUGUCUGGGAGCAGUAUAGAAAACCUCUGUAUGUGAACCACAGAUUGUAAGGCAAGCCAGUGCACUGUGUAAUAUGCAAAGGGAGUGGUGCAAAAGAGAAGGCACCCGUCCUAGCUCUCCAUGCCCUUCCCCCCUCCGGCAGGCACUGACUGAGAUGGUGCUGAGUGGCUGUGGAAGGUGCUAAGACCCAGUCUCUUCACUGCAGGGCUGUUUACAGCCAGUUUCUUUUACUCCGACCUUAAGGUUUCCACUGAGCUCCUGAAACUUCACCAAAUGGUGUUUAAAAGUUUACCACUCAAAUGCACACUUGAAAAUUGGGUCCCUCAGCCUCAUUACUGAACUAAAUAAGUGAAGAGGUUGUAUCUUUGGGGUAAAACUUUCCAUGGCCAUUUAAUUUUUUAACUAGUUAAGUACGCAUCUUCCUGGUGGUUCAGACUUUUUAAGUCAGCACUAAAGCUGAAAAGCGCCUUCUAAAUAUGACUGUAACUUUAGUUUGUAUCUUACGUUUAAUAACUGUUCUGUUGGGCCAAGACUAUGACUUUAAUUACUGUGUACUUAUUCAAUCCACACUGCACUAAAUACACCAUAGCUACUAUAGCAUUGUGACACUCAUUUUUGUGGACUCAUUCCAUACUUCUGCUGGCAUAUUUCGUUUAAAAUCUAGCUAGAGAUUUUCAUAGUACUGUGUUAACUAGCCAGGGCUGAAAAGUGUGACAGGAUAUAAAAUUGACUUUCCUUGGGGAAAAUGUUGUUUUGGCAGUAAUGAAGGCCAAUUCCUUCAUUUACAGAAUUAAUGAUUACUUAUCAAUUUUUGAAAGUUGUAGAUUAAGUAGUUUUAUUUACUAAAUUCUUAACCACUUUGAAUAAUUAAGCCAGUUUAAGUGAAACAUUGGCUGGACACGGUGGCUAGCACCUGUAAUCCCAACACUUUGGGAGGCCAAGGUGGGAGGAUUGCUUGAGGCCAGGAGCUCAAGACCAGCCUGGGAAAUACAGACUUGAAAUCUUUUCAAAAAUGUAUAAAAAUUUAAAAAUAAAUAAAUGAAUCCUUACUCAACCAUCAUUAUGGCUUUAAAACCCAACCAACAGUAAAUACUUACUUGAAGCCAAAACAGUAAAUUUUGAAUAAAAUUUGAAUUAUGCUUUUGGAAGCUGCCAUGUCUUAAUUCUUGCUGGAUUUUGAUUUUCAAUUUUGGAAGUUUUUAUCAAAUAAAACUGUUCAGUCAUGAGUAUAUCAGGUAGCAGCCUUUAAGGAUCUAAGUUUCAUUCCUAUAAAGAACAGGAGGUGCUGGUAUUUCUUGUCUUAGCAAGUGGUCUGAUAUGGGUCUUAAAUGGGGGUUAGCAUCUAUACUAUGGCUUAAAAGUUUCCUCCUUGGUCACCAUUUGGGAGGUGAUGGCUUCAAAGCUAAGCUUUGCUCUCAUGUGAUCCUUCUUCAUCUUAAUACCCAGUAAAAUAUAAACCUCUCAGAGUCUACACUCAAGGGUCUUGGCUUCAUCUAUCAGAUAAGAUCUAUCUGAUUUAUACAAAGAAUGGUGCUGUUUUUAUAUACAAACUAAAAAAAUUUAAUUCUCAAGCAAUUUUCUUAAUAUUUACGCCAGCAAGGUCAGGAAAGACUUUUGUCCUGUUUAUCUUUAGUAGUGAACAAACUGCUAGAGACAUCUGUCAUUCUUAACAGGCCACUGUGGUCCAUAUAUACUGACCCUCCUUUCCAAUUAAUGUCCUUUAAUCCCACACUAGUUUCAUAGGAGACCUGGCACAUAAAAGCAGUAUUUUUUUUAAUGUCUAGUAAACUGACCAGAAAAAAAUAAUUGCCAUGGUGGACCCGUUUCUAUCCACCCCUUUCUAUGGCUAUACAAGUUUAUACAUGCCAGUUCCGUAUGUACUCCAUUUCCAAAGAGCCCCCAAACCCUGGACAGUAGCACUACCAUCAAUUUCAGGGUCACAAAACAUCUCCUUCUGAAGGAAGCGGCUUCCUCAGCAGUGUCACUUUAGUGCCCACUGCCCAGGCUUACUUCACUUUACCUCCCCCUACACAUCACUGCCCUCUUUGUGCCACCAAACCUCACUAUUCCAGCAACAAUGCCUCCCUGGUGCCUGGAAAACCCAUCUGGUGCACUAAAAUGCUAUGCAACACCAAAUGGCUUCUUCCCCUUAUAUUGCUCAACAAUGUAAAUUCUUCAAGAAUAAACUUCAUGCUAUGUUGACAUCAAUGUAUGGUUACAGCUUUUUUUUUUUUUUUUUUUUUUUUUUCCUUCCUUUUAAAAUGAAGCAAACCACUUCCAUUAAAAUCCAUGUUUGGGGCUUGUUUUUGUCUCUCAAGUGUGAAAUAUAAAUCAUGUUUUUAUGAUUUUUGUAAAUUUUUUUACACCUUGUUUUUGUAAGCAAAAGUUUCUUAUUAAAAGAAUAAAAUGAC